CCGGCCGGGAGGAGCGGAAGCGGCCGUGCGGGGACGGACUUCCCGCGCCGCUGAGCCGCGGUGCAGGACGCCCGGAGGACCGGCGCUUUCCAUGCCCGUGUGGUGCUGCCGCUGCUCCCUGGCUGGGCAUCUCAGAGACUAUAGUGAUACUGAAACGGAAGGAGAGAUUUUCAAUUCCUUAGUGCAAUAUUUUGGUGAUAAUUUGGGGCCAAAAGUUAAAGGGAUGCCAUUGGUUGAAGAAACUUCUUUACUCGAAGAUUCAUCAGUGACUUUACCUGUGGUAAUAAUUGGAAAUGGACCUUCAGGAAUAUGCCUGUCAUAUAUGUUGUCAGGGUACAGACCGUAUUUAUCACCGGAAGCCAUGCAUCCAAACUCAAUCUUACACAGUAAGCUAGAGGAAGCAAGGCAUCUCUCCAUUGUUGACCAGGACUUAGAGUACCUAUCCGAGGGUCUGGAGGGCCGGUCCUCCAAUCCCGUGGCAGUGCUGUUUGACACGCUUCUUCACCCAGAUGCGGACUUUGGGUAUGACUACCCGUCUGUGCUACACUGGAAGCUGGAGCAGCACCAUUAUAUCCCCCACUUAGUUCUGGGGAAGGGCCCGCCUGGGGGGGCGUGGCACAAUAUGGAAGGCUCUAUGUUGACAAUAAGCUUUGGAAAUUGGAUGGAGUUACCUGGACUUAAAUUUAAAGAUUGGAUGUCAAGCAAACGAAGGAACUUAAAGGGGGACCGUGUUAUGCCAGAGGAAAUAGCUCGCUACUAUAAACAAUAUGUGAAUGUCAUGGGUCUUCAGAAGAAUUUCAGAGAGAAUACUUAUAUAACCUCUGUAUCGAAACUCUACAGAGACCAAGGUGAUAAUGGUGGUCAAGACAGAGAUAUUUCAACAAAGCGUUUACAAAACCAGAAGUCAAAAUUUAUCAAGAGAAACUGGGAAAUCAGAGGCUAUCAGCGAAUAGCAGGUGGUUCUCAUGUUCCCUUUUGCCUCUUCGCUGAGAAUGUAGCUCUUGCAACAGGAACCUUGGAUUCUCCUGCCCACCUGGAAGUGGAGGGGGAAGAGCUUCCUUUUGUGUUCCACUCACUGCCCGAGUUCGGUGCUGCUGUCAACAGAGGGGAGCUGUGUGGCAGAGUGGACCCAGUGCUGAUCGUGGGCUCCGGCCUCACCGCGGCUGACGCGGUGCUGUGUGCCUACAACAACAACAUCCCUGUGAUCCAUGUCUUCCGCAGACGAGUAACUGACCCAGGCUUAAUUUUCAAACAGCUUCCCCAGAAGCUGUAUCCUGAGUACCACAAAGUGUACGACAUGAUGUGCACUCAGGCACACUCCGCAGACUCGGACGCUGUGUCUGAGUACACCAGCUUUCCUGAGCACCGUGUGCUCUCCUUCAAGUCAGACAUGAAGUGCGUUCUUGAGAGCCACUCGGGACUGAAGAGAAUAUUUAAGCUGUCCGCAGCUGUGGUCUUGAUCGGUUCCCAUCCUAACCUGUCCUUUCUGAAGGAACAAGGGUGUUACCUAGGCCGCCACUCCAGCCGGCCAAUAACCUGCAAGGGGAACCCUGUGGAGGUCGAUGCGUACACCUAUGAGUGUGUGAAAGAGGCCAACCUUUUCGCUCUGGGCCCUUUGGUUGGAGACAAUUUUGUUCGAUUUUUAAAGGGAGGGGCACUGGCUGUUACACGCUGUUUGGCUACGAGACAGAAGAAAAAGCAGCAUUUGUUUGUUGAAAGAGGAGGAGGAGACGGGAUAGCUUAAAGAACAUUCACGAGUACUUUACAGGGACACUUAACCAUUAAAGGUUUUUAACAGUGGUUUGCAGUGUAUUGGCUUGAAUUAACUGGGAGAGCCUGCAGCUGCUAGUCUCUAAAGUUAACAAAGCUUGGUGUCCCAAGUUGUACUAAAGUGUAUCAAGGUGUCACUUUCAGGCAGAUCCAAGCACUGCCAGCUCGGUGUACUGCACGCUUUCAUUGAACUAGGAUGCUCCUUUCUAACUUGGCAUUUAUAAAGCCAGUCAUUAAGACAGAAAUCAUAUUUAGUUCAUAUUGGGUCACCUUACUCCUCAAGGGAUGGUCCAAGGGCCAGCAGCAUCAGCUUCCUCUGUAUCUCAUUAGGAAUUUAGGCUGACUGCAUUCUACAGGAUCCCCAAGGGUUAUCUGUAUAGUCACUAGAUGAAGUGUGAAGUACAAUGGCCUACGUGAAACUAUAGAGUGUGUGUGCUGGGGCAGGAUACAAGGAAGCAUUUCCAACUCAGGUUUUAUUUAUUUUGAAAUUAGCAGCUAUAUAAACCUAAUUUAUUACCAAAUAUGAUGGUCUUUAAAAAUAUUUUUACUGUUAAAACCUAGGUAGGUAUUUGAUAUCCUUACUUUCUCAUAAUGUAACACGUCAAUAAUGCUGACAUCCAGGAAUCCACCAGGAUCCUUUUUACAGACUUAUUCUGUUUAGUCACCGUAACAUCUAAUGAAUCUGAUUCUCAAUUCAAUAAAUUGUGGACGGAACUACUGA